GCUUUUGUGACCCCAUUCUCAUGGAUCACUCCUAUUGUUCACCUGCUUGGUCAUUGACUGAAUGCAAUAAUCAUCUGCGUGUUUCCGAUCUUCUGACCGAUCACACAUACGCUCUUCCCUCUGGAUUUACUUUUCCAAGUCGUUUUGACACGGAGCAAGAAUGGGAUCCACAAAGAAUUUCUCUCGUCACAAGCGAGGAUACUUCACCCAUCGACGAUCGGCAUGUGACAGGACUUCAUCACCCCAUUCUCAACCGCUUGUUCUCUCAAGUUGAGCUCAGAAUUCGGGAUACCAUCAAUGUGAGCUGUGUAAAAGACUUGUUGUCAGAAUUCCGAUCAAUUCUGUGCAUGGACGAAUCGACAAUCACCGGGCUACCAUCUGAAAUAUUUGCUCUUUUGAUGAAAUUGGCUUCAGCAGGCUCAGUUGCCUUACAUACUCCUGAUCCAGCCCCUGAUACACGGCCCGUUUGUGAUCCUAUGACCACCCCUCCUGUUCAUAUCACCCUUGUAAAGACCGAGGAGAAAUGUCGCAGGCGCUUGCAUUCCAAACGGUAUCGUGCCGAAAAAUCGAAGGAGUCUCACACUUGUCCCUUGUGUCAUCUGACUUUCAGCCGGAAGUCAUCUCUUUCAGAGCAUACUCGGAUGGUGCAUGAGAAAAAUCCCCGAUACAGGUGUCCUCAUUGCGAUCAUGGAUUCAAGCGCCCGGCACUUCUGAGGGAUCAUAUGUACAGCAAACACCUGCGAAUUCGACGCCUCUUCUGUCCCAUCUGUCACAAGGGAUUCAUCCGAAGACGCGAUUGGUCGCGCCAUCAUGUCAAGCGUCAUUCCACAUCUGCGUGUCGUCCCACUUAACUUAUGUCUCUUAUUCUUGGUGUUCUAUUAUUGCGAAGACCUGGCAUAACACGUAUUUGUAUACUAUAUUAUAUACAUAAAUAGAUGUGCUAUUCUAGACAAGGCGAGACACGCAUGCAUACGUACCAUUAUGUGCGCGGUUUACGGCACC